GAAUAGGUUUACAGUGGAUACUACAUCAUACAAUUAGGUACGAAAUUUCAGCCGGCCGGACAGGCCAGAGAGGUCGUGUUUGGCGGGGGGAUUAAUGGAGUGCUCGAGCCCCUUAUUUGCGGCUGCCGUCGCUGUCGGCAGCAUGCUAGAAUGCUCGCCAGUGCCGUGCCAACGCCAGCUGUUCGGAGGAGGCUCCGCGAAAAUGGAAGAGGAGUCGCUGUUCGGUCUGUGCAGUCGCGACCGCCAGACACUCGCGUUCCCGCCGUCCUGCUCGUCAGCGCCAGAGACUUGCAGUGAUGUUGGAUCAUUUGACUCAGAGAACGAGUCGUCAUACUGCUGGAUGAACUCAUCCUCCACGUUGAAAAGCGAGGAGGACCUCUCGCUGCGCCCUGGCUCUCCGGGGCUCUUCUGCGGCGAGGACGAUGUGCUGGAAGACGACGACGAGGACGCAACUCGCUUUUACCGGCCCGGGACCUUCGUGAGCACGUCCUAUAAUCACGAGGACGCAGAGGAGGCUCUAAGAACGGAGUUCGCCAAGGAGCGCGAGCUGGGGCCUCACACAUCGCCGCCCAUCCUUCCGGAGUAUCGUGGAGUACUCGUCGAGUGGAUGCGGCAGUCUUGCGUGCUGCAGGGCUUCGCACCGGCGACAUUCUUCACGUCGGCGUCGAUCCUCGACCGCUUUCUACGCGCCAGUGGCGAGGGGAAUGUCCCGCUCUCAGCGUUGCAGCUUGCGGCGCUAACGUGCAUGACGCUGGCGGUGAAGGUCGAGCAGCAAUGCUCUGCCGACAAUUUGUUCCAGCUGGCCAAGGACGAGGGCGGCAAGCCGUUUGAGCCCGAGGCCGCGCGCCGCAUGGAGUAUCAGAUCAUGACCGCGUUGGACUGGCGCCUGCGGGUGCCAACGCUCUACACCUUCGCCACCAUGCUGGUGCACCGCGUGACCAACCGGCCGCAGGACGGCGCGGUGGUGCCGCCCGGCAAGGAGGCCGCCUUCCGCGCUACCGUCCAGCAACUGACGGAGCUGGCCACACUGGACCACGCGCUGACGGGCGUGAGCUACAGUCGCCUGGCUGUUGCGUGCCUGCUGGUGGCGGAGAGCGAGCUCAAGACCGGCGUCAACGUGUGCGUGGUCAACUCGCUGCGCACGGUGAUGUCCGAGACCGAGCUGCAGGGCCUCCUGCCAUCCGUGGAGCGGCUGUACGAGAUGUACAAAUCCGUCGUGGCGCAGCAGUCGCAGCCGGUGCAGCAGUAGCAGCAGCAGGCUGCGGGGCGGCGCCAUGCUACGGUGUUUGUGGCUGCUUACAGCCUGUCGGUGUAUGUAGAUUGACGGCUACGCGUGCGGGUGUGGCUGGCGCUUCGCGCCAGGCGACAGCGCGACAAUGAGGAGUUACGCACGUGCAGGGUCAGCUGCCGGCCCGGCUAUACCCUCCUGUGAGGCUGCGAUGGCUACAGCACAGGCCAGCUACUGCAAGCUGCGUAGCCCACUGACAUUGCGCAAGAGGUUCGGGAACGUUGCAUGGUACGCCUGCGCGCCGUGCACGAGCUGUUGGAUGGCAGCGCUCACCUGGUAAUAGUUGGCGGUGGUGGUCGCAAUGAUUGCGUGGUGGCACGCACCGCACACACGGGCCACAACUUGUGACCUUGCGCCUGAAGAGUAGUUGUAACCUCGGACUGUUUGCAGUAAUAAGGGACCAGCCAAAUAGUACGUGGCUGUAUUCGAACUUGUUGUGUAUCAACGAAGGUCGGCACCUGCUUUGCAUUUAGUAUGUUGAAGUCUGUUGAGCACGCUCUUGUCGUUGAAGGUUAAGAUGGGAGCUCUGAGCUGUUCUAGCAGCUGGCGCUCGUACGUUUUGCUCGCAUGCCGUUUUCACCAGUCACGCAAGAAGCACGUUUUGCUGUGGUUUUGUGGGUGGUUGGCCGCAUUUAUGCAGCAUAGCAUACGAGUCGCUCCGCCGCCCAAUUUUGCCGAGCGGGGCCCGCAUGGGCAGACCGGUUAGGCAAAGGGCAGGCAGAGCACGGGGAUGCGUCGGUGGGAUUGCAUGACCGGGACUGAACUUGUACCGCGUGCCAGAGCGGUAUGUGAGCACUGCGCGCUGGGGGCGGUGGGACAAUGAAGGGUGGAAACUUGGCACCGUAGGCAGUCGCGGUAGGCUAGACUAGACUCCUGGUCUUAACGAUGACGCGCAACAGGCAAAGAUAUUACAGACACGGGCGAUGCCUACUCCUCAGGUGGAAGAUGGAGGACCAGAGCUAGGGCCAGGCCAGGGAUGCGUGAAUUAAUAUAUGAGGUUACAGUGUGGCAGGUGCCUGCACGGUCCGUUGCCAUUACGGUUCCAAUACAUGCACAUGCUGGAGACGCAAGGACGAAUGAGUAUAGCGCGGCGACAUGGGUAAUUUAGAAGCUACAUGUGCGGGGGAAUGCCUUGUUAAUCCGUGUAGGUUCGAGGUCACGCCUGCGCGUGAGCCCUGGCCGCUGGGCAGCGCCACAAAGGCAGCGGGAGCAGUGAGCCCCUACGGCUUGCAGAGUAGCUUCAGAAAAAGUCAUGAAUGUAGAUCGUCUCGCAACCGAGCGCGUGUUUGAGCUGCUGCGGGAUUGACCUGCUGUUUCAGUAAUCGUUCCAUGUCUGGGCGUUUGACUGUUUCAGACUAAGUGACGUAAAGUGCGCGUACAAAUCUUACAUUACGGCACCCUGGCUGCACUGGUUGCGCUCCGCUUGUUGCUGAAGACGUGUGGUGAUACAUUUCAGUAUCAGGUGGUCGGCAAGUUAAAGUUCCGGGUGUUGUCUUGUGUGAUGGACAUGCGCAGGCGAUACUGUGCCGCCUGUUGCGAUAGCUCAGAUUGAGUUUGCGGUGGCCAAGUUGCCUAGGCAGAAGUGUACCUAUGUAGAUUCGGCGGUGUGGCAGGUGUACCAGCGAGACUUUCGCACGGCAGUAGGUAGGGGAUGUAUCCUUGGAAGGCCAGGAAAAAGCGACACUAUGAACACAGGAAGCAAACUAUUACGCUACGCGACGGUGUUGAGAUUGGCCUCGCCUGUGGGCAGGUGGGAUACAUGUGCCCUACUGUGCAGAAUGUGAAGGGGUCGAGGGUUGCUGCAGCAGGCGCGCGGCUGGAGGUGGGCGUGGAGCUGGGAAUAGUUGUAAGACGGACAGAAGAAUCUGACUUCCUGAGGAUAUUUCAGGCCGCACCUAAAUUAGUCUGCGUGGGUGUGUUGAGGCGCUCAUCUUCUUUGUGGCAAGCUGCGUUUCCCAGGCGGGGCCCGGGCUUACCAUCCUUCUUUCGAGUGAUUGGUCUUGGAACUGGUGAGGACUGCCUUGUAUAGAGACCCAAGGUAUUAUUUGUGCGGAUGCGCAGAGCCGCUGACAGAGACAGGAGAGGUGCGCAAGCUUUGACCCGCCCGACUGGAGUUCGGACGCGAUUCUUAUGGUGUGUUCAAGCCUGUCCGCUCCUACCUUCAGUGUUAAAAGAGUUUGCAAUUGUGUUUCUCACAAGUUGCGAUUAAUCGGCCACCAGCGCAUGUUGGAGAUGGGCUCAUGUGCUGUUGUGUCUCUGCCAUAGGGUACGUUGGAGGGUGCAACUAGUGCUGGAACAAGUUCACGAACCGGCGCAAUGACCCUAUUGCGCAAACCGAAUACCAACCCCCAUGGGGCCUGCUAGUUGAUUGGACUACGUUGCAUGAUUGUAAAGAACUGUGCUGCACGACCUGACUGGGUACGUGUGCUUGCUCGAUGUCACUGGAAUCGGCAAUGAAUAGCCAGGUUUGGCGACCAGAUACGCUGCAAACUCCACCACACUAUAAAGGCGCCGGCGCGGGCGCUGGUGUGUGUGUGUGUGUGUGUGUGUGUGUGUGUGUCUUCAUGACACGACGGGAGAAAUGUUGACGUGCUUGAAAAAACGCAACACGCACAAGCGAACAUGACGUUGUAGAGCCGAGGCCAGUGAGCUAGCACAAGCAAAAAGAAAAGCGUGAGCAUGAGCAUGUGUGUGUGGUGCUAUCGCCUGGCCGGGCGCCCCGAGCGUGAGGAACCGUUAGGUGUCUGGUAGACAUAGUUAGCAGACAUUACAGACUGGCAGGUGCGAGUCCUGUAACUACGCACCAUUGCAUUCCAUGUCAGUGGGCAGGGACUUACGGGCAGGGAAUGCACUGCAGCGUGGCACCUGUCCCAUCGCAUGCGUGCACCACACUGCCGCCCCCGGCAGCACUAUGGUGUGUGUAUUACAGGAUUGGAAGCACGGAUUGGAAGUGUGCAUUC